GAAAAUCCAAUAUGGCGGAUUGAUUAACCAUCAAAACAUUUGAAUCCCCUUUGCGUUUAUAAAGCACACAUCUGGUUUUUCCCGUCGUGUGACACAGCGAGAUGGAAGACGAGGACCUGGAAGAAAUGCGAGCGCUGAGAGCCUCUUCCAAAUACAACCAGUCAAACUCAGUUGCUCACAUUUUUCGCCCCUCACGGAGCCGAGAGCAAGACAGGAGCGAGAAAAUCACGCGCACUUCAGGAGAAUCAACACGAGCAACAUCAACAGAGCCUUUGGCUGUAUCAUUCAAGGGUGGAGCUGACUUAAGAAAGGAAAGUGAAACUUCAGAUUCAAUGGAGGCCCUGAUGGGGUUUUCAGGUUUUGGAAAAAAGGCAGCAAAACAAUUUAAUGUGGAUGAUAUGUUUGAAAAGGCAAGACGAACAGCCAAGGAAAUGUCAAUUAGUAGACAAAAAGACUCAUUGAUGGAAACUGUCAAUGGUGACGAUGAACCUGCUCCCUUUGUCAUCAUGCCACCAUCAUCUAAUAAUAUUGAGAAACCAGACGGAAACAAGCACAAAGACCAUGAUGAUGAUGAUGAUGAUGAUUAUGAUAAUAGUGAUGAUGAACCUGAUGAAGAGAGCAUUGAGAAAAGGAUACCUAUCAGUCAUGAAAUUUCACUAGACCAUGGAAACAAAACAGUCUCUGCCCUUGCUCUGGAUCCAUCAGGAUCACGCCUUGUGACUGGAGGUUAUGAUUAUGAGGUAAAGUUUUGGGAUUUUAAUGCCAUGGAUGCUUCUCGUCGUGCCUUUAGAACUCUGCAGCCUUUUGAGUGUCAUCAGAUCAAGUCAAUACAAUACAGUAUCACUGGAGAUGUCAUUUUAGUUGCUUCUGGAAAUGCUCAGGCAAAGGUGAUUGACAGAGAUGGGUUUGAUGUCCUUGAAUGUGUAAAAGGGGAUCAGUAUAUUGUCGACAUGGCGAAGACCAAAGGACAUGUUGCAAUGUUGAACAAUGCAUGCUGGAAUCCAAAGGUCAAAGAUGAAUUCAUCACAUGCAGCAAUGAUGGGACUGUCAGAAUAUGGAACACAGAAAAUCCUAAGAAAAAUAAAACUGUUAUCAAGACCAAGAACAAACAAGGGAAGAAGACAAUUCCGACGCAUUGUUGCUUUAGCAAAGAUGGACGGAUAAUUGCUGCUGCGUGUCAGGAUGGCUCCAUUCAAGCGUGGGAUACCAGAAAACCCUUUAUCCACACAACAUACAUUCAGCGAACUGCACAUGCUCUGGGUAGCGACACGUCGUGUCUUUCCUUCUCCCAUGAAGGAAACUCUUUGGCUUCCAGGGGAGGUGACGAUACUCUGAAAACUUGGGAUCUGAGGAACUUCAAGGAAUAUCUCAAUGUCGCCAUGAAUUUAACAAACUACUAUCCACAAACUUCAUGUCUGUUUAGUCCGGAUGACAAGUUGAUAGUAACGGGAACAUCUGUAAAGAAAGGACAGGGAUCAGGUCAGCUGGUGUUCUUGGAAAGGGAGUCCUUGCGAAAACUGUACGAGUUUGAUGUGAUGGAGUCGAGCGUCGUUAGCUGCUUAUGGCACCCCAAGUUAAAUCAGAUUGUGGUCGGUUGUGGAAAUGGAACUACCAAGGUAUACUUUGACCCCGAGAAGAGCAACAAGGGAGCUAAACUUUGUGCUGGAAAUGUGAAAAGAAAAGUCGCUUCUAAAGAGAUGCCAUUGAAAGAUCACAUUAUCACUCCACAUUCAUUACCUAUGUUCCGCGAAAAGCGAUUCAAGAAUAAGAAGAAGUUGAAAGAAGCAGAUCGGAAGGACCCCGUCAGGUCACACAGACCGGAUUUGCCAGUCACUGGCCCAGGCCAUGGUGGCAGAGUUACAUCUGGUAUGUCAUUGUCAGCUUAUGUGGUGAAAAGCAUGGCACUGGAGAUGAAAGAUGAUUCGCAUCCUCGUGAGGCCAUCCUCAAACACGCAAAGGCUGCCGCAGAAGAUCCUUACUGGGUGUCACCAGCAUAUGCACAUACCCAACCCAGAACUGUCUUCCAAGAAGAAGAGGAAGAUGACGAAGAUGAAGAAGAAUCUCAAAGAAAAAAGAUGAAAUUAUUGUAGGAUAUGAAAUGGAGGCAGGAAUAAAACAGCGGUGAGGGACUGGGCCCAUCUCCUGAUGUUAUGAAAAAUAAAUCUCCUUUUUGGGGAGGGGACGGUUUUGAUUAUGACAGCCAUAUGAGUAACACAAACAAACAAAAAUCGUAUUUGAGAUUUAUACGCUAUUACAAAUGCCAAUAAAGUUAAGAGGACCAUUCAA